GGCCAAAAGCACUGAUAGACGCUAGACCCCUUCCAUUUCCUCCUACGAUGCAGCUCCUGAUCGGCAAGAAGCCGGGCGACGAGGAGCUCAAGUGCUUCCUAGCGUUUUCUCUCACUGGCACUGAAUUCUCCAUUGGCGCUGCGGACAAGAAAUACUCAAGCUGCGGCCCGCAACUAGCCGUGAAGCCUGACGCUGAAUUGCUUUUCUCGGCCAACGCCGUGUGCCGCUUCGUGGCCGCCAACGCUGGCCAGUUACAGAGCGAUGAUCUGGCCGUGGACGAGUGGAUCGAGUGGGAGGCCAACACGCUGGCCCCAUGGCUGCGCGUGGCCAAGGCCACUAGCAACAAGAACGGCGAGCUGGCCGGCCAACUGGCUGCUAUGCUUGAGGCCAAGGAGGAGGCGCGGCCCAAGAACAGCGGCGACCUGCAGUUCCUCUUCGGCUCGGAGCUCUCAUUGACCGACGUCGUGGCUGGUGUCACGCUGCGCGCUGCCUUCAAGGUUGUCAAGGAGGAGAAGGACGAAGCCGCUAUCUUACAAACUUUCCGUAAGUACGUGGCCCAGCUCUUCGCCCGAGACGACGUGGCCAAGGGCGUGGCCAGCAUGAAGAACGCCGGAAAGGCUGCUAAGAACGGCAAGAGCGCCCCCGGUGCCGCCUCCGGUGCCCCGGCCACUGCCGUAAAGGACGUCAAGCGCUCCACGUUCAAGCUGGACGAGAAGCUCGAGCAGGGCCUGACCUACCACAAUAUCCUGGAGGUGGUCGAGUCCCUUUUUGAUGCUGCUAUUAAGGCUGCAUACCCUGGCCUGGACGUCCCGCCUGUCGAAGUGACGCGUACCAACGUCAAGAACGCCAAGUUCGGCGACUACCAGUGCAACUCGGCCAUGUCCAUCUUCACGGCGCUCAAGGGUACGCCCAACGCGGCCCGCUCGCCCCGUGACGUGGCCAACACUAUUAUCGCGGCCAUGCCCGAGACGCGUGUGCUGGACCGCCUGACCGUUGCUGGCGCGGGCUUCAUCAACGCUUUUCUGACUAAGGAGUUUGUGGCCGCGCGCCUUCAGAACGUGCUGGCCAACGGCGUGCAGCCGGCCCCGCAGAAGAAGCAGACGAUCGUCGUCGACUUCUCUUCGCCCAACAUCGCCAAGGACAUGCACGUGGGCCACCUGCGUUCCACGAUCAUCGGUGACACCAUGUCCCGUAUCCUCGAGUUCCAGGGCUACGACGUCAAGCGUAUUAACCACGUCGGUGACUGGGGCACCCAGUUCGGCAUGCUGAUCUGCCAUCUCACAGAGACAUACCCUACCUGGGAGACGGAAAUGCCCAACGUGACGGACCUGACCAAGCUGUACAAGGCCGCCAAGGAGCGUUUUGACGCCGACGCGGACUUCCAUGAGCGAUCCAAGGCCCAGGUGGUGCUAUUGCAGUCCGGUGACGAAAACUCCCGUAAGGUGUGGGAGACGCUGUGUGAGAUCAGUCGUCGUGAGUUCCAGAAGGUGUACGACCGUCUGGGCGUGUCGCUUAAUGAAAUGGGCGAGUCGUUCUACAACCCCAUCAUCCCGGACGUCCUGGACAAGCUGCGUGCCAAGGGCAUCGUGGAAAUGAGCAACGGCGCCGAAGUGGUGUUUACCAAGGCGUUCAAGCAGCCGUUUAUGCUGGUAAAGAGUGACGGCUCCUACCUGUACGACACGACCGACAUUGCUGCUCUGUGGUACCGUCUGCACGAGAUGAAGGCCGACCGCGUUAUCUACUACACGGACUACACGCAGAAGGAUCACUUCGGUUUGCUGUUCGAGGUGGGCCGCAUGUCGGGCAUUUACGACCCGACCAAGCAGCGCGCGGAUCACGUGGGCUUCGGCACGGUGAACGACGAGUCCGGCAAGCGCUUUAAGACGCGCUCGGGCGAGACCGUGCGUCUGGUAGAGCUGCUGGACGAGGCAAAGGUGCGCAUGAAGGCGCAGCUGGUUGAGCGUAUUGAGGCAGGACAGACGUCGCUGCCCAUGGACCAGGUGGAUGCUGCCGCCGAGAAACUCGGCUACGGCGCCGUCAAGUACUUCGACCUGCGUCAGAGCCCGACGUCCAACUACAUCUUCAGCUUCGACCGCAUGCUGUCCACCAACGGUGACACGGCUGUGUAUCUCAUGUUUGCGUACGCCCGUCUGUCGUCAAUUAUCCGCAAGUCGGGCGUGGACAUGGCUGCGCUCGUGGCACAGCAGCAGAAGGAGGGAAACGUGCUCAAGCCCGAGCACCCAACGGAACAGGCUCUGGUCAUCGAGCUGCUGCAGCUGCAGGACGUGAUCGUGUUUAUCAACAAGGACCUGAGCUCCAACCGACUGUGCAGCUACCUGUACACGAUCUCGGAGAAGGUGCAGACGUUCGUCACCGCUUGCCGUGUACUUGGUAGCGAAGAGCAGAACAGCCGUCUGCUACUGUGCGAUGCCACUCUUAAGGUCAUGAAGACGUGCUUCUCACUGCUGGGAAUCGACCCGCUAGACCAGAUUUAAGGCGUGGUUCGUUCGGCUCUCAGUACAACGGCAUCAACGGCGAGGUGAAUGCUCGAAAAUGAAGCUCAAUAUUUGAUUAGGAAAAUUCUAACUUGCGGGCAUUUCUCCAGGACUUGCUGGUGAUCGUCUAUAUAACAUGCAGAGUUGGGUGAUGGUCGUAGUUGUUGAAACAUGCAGGCAAAAUUACAUCGUGACGCCGGGCCCGGCGAGAUCUAUGCGGUGGUGCUGUACUGGAGACCCGUGUCGGUCUCGAGCACGGUGCAGUCGGACAGGAUAAAGCGCAGCGAGUAGGCCGACAACCGCCGUCCGCCAGACGAUUCGGACGAGUCGUCCAUGUCUUCGUCCUCCUCCUCUUGGCCCGCGUCAUCGUCAGAAGCAGCGGCCAGCACGGCGGGGUCGAUCGGGGCGUUGGCCGUGUAGCUUGGCGGCGGCAACGUCGGCACGUCGGCCGGCGUGAGCUGCAGCUCGGACGGCACCUGGCCGCCGACAAGCUCCAGGUACUCCUGUGUGAGCUGCUUGAUCUUCUGCUGGAUGCGAGCCUUCUGCUCGGCAUCCGAGACGUGCGCCAUGUACUUGCAUAGGUGCUGGAUCUUGAUGAGCUUGGACGACACCUGACGGUAUGGCCACCGCUGGAUCUGCUUCCUGCGGCAUACGCGCUUGACUACGGCCUCGCAACUGCCAAGGCGACGCGCAGCUUCCCGCAGUGGCAGGUGAUAGUACUUCUGCAGCUCGGACAGUUCGAAGUCGGCGCUGGUGCUGGUCAUGGUGCUUGUUGCUGUGGUUGAGUUAGUCGAGGUUGAUGGGACUGGUAGCCGUAGUCCGUAAGCGAGUGUUGUGGUGGAUCGGAGCUGCUGAUGCGCUUUGAAGCAACUUGUGAAAUGAAGACGAGAUGGUGGUGUGCAGCUCGCGAGCAGGUGGGUGAAGGAGCUCGGCGCAGAAAGUGCGUCGUCAUGAACUCGGCGCCGCGCGUAGAGUACCUGUUCGCGCGAUGACAAGAAAUUGAAGUUCGGCGGGCUCCGCUAAGUUUCGCGUGCUAAUCAAUGGAGAUCAGCAGUUGCAGGUCGAAUGGAUUCCAGAACGGACGACGACGUUUGUGCGACGGCAACGGCGAGCCGUGAUUUCGCUGCCUGACCGCCGCCGGCAUUCGAUGUUCAACAGACCAAUGCACUGCUGUUGCUGUUGGCUGUAGCCACCCGCGACAAGCUGCGCUGGUCGCUGCAAUUGAACUGAUCGUGGCGUACGAUCCUGCUGCAGGAUUCCGACACAGGCCUAUCUGACAGAGAGUUAGCUGCAUGACACUCCGCCACACGAGCUCCGCUCGCGACUUGCACAGAAGCUCUGCAAAAUCCAUCGGUUCCACAGCCGUAAGCUCGACGUUGUGCCGUUGUCCUCGGUUCAAGUGUCUAGGUACGUAGAACACGAACGCGGAGAGCGACAGGCACGGCAAGUGGACGUCACGCCCAAAUGGCUACGCGCUCCGGGCCAAUGUACCAUGGGCGACCGCUGCUAGUAGCGGGGCUCCAGGAUCCAAUGCAUUCAGCAAACAUGCCACGUGUAUCUUGGCCGUUGCCACCGUAUGCCUAGUACUGUAUGCUUGUCAACUUGACUGUCAAGACCCUCAUGCGACAAGACUCGAGCUCUCGCUUCAGUUACAGUUCAAAGAUCCUUCUACUAACUUCAGAGAGCUGGUUCAGGUCCGUCUUUCUGGUGGCCGUUGUUGGCCAGCAUCUUUUGGAGAAGCAGAUAGUCUCAGCCAGUAUUCUGACUCGGAGCUCGGAGCCACGACUCCACCGAGCCGCUCCGGUGGUGGAGCUGCUCUCUUCAAUACCGAUCCGACCAGGUCGCUAAUCGACGCGGUUGCUCAGUCGCGUACACAACGAAGCGGUGCCAGGCGCCGCAGCCACAGGUUGCCGCCAGCUGGGCAGGCGUUGUGUAGGCUCGCGAGAGCUCUCGCCGCGAUCGGUGCACGCGCGACCAGAGCAGAGCCUCGCACACCCGAGACAUUCUCGUGCGUAUAUUUUGCUGACGGUGGAGCCACCGCGCGAAUCGUCACGGCGAGCCGUUUUUCUUCUGCUGGCAGGCAGCAAGAUCCGAUCGGUGUGCUGUACUCUGUACAUGCACGAGCUAAAAUCCGCCGCUAACAGCUCGGCCUUGCCGCUGACACAGCGCUGACGAGAGCUGUCCGCCGCUUCGUCGCUUGCAGCGAUCCAACGCGCAAUCUUGUGUCGAUCGCCUGCCCCGUCCUGCGUGCGCCGCCUCAACUCCAGCUGCCUGGAUCGCCUCGCAGCCGCCGCCAAACUCGUGGGCGCGCGGCGCGGGGCUAUCCUCUUGGCUGCAUGCGCGCGUAACGACCAAGCGACUACCAAAAGAAAACAGAGCCUUCGUAGAGCUCCGAUUUCGAUGGCAAGCGGCCAAGCAACCGGUUGCUCGAAUCCAGUCGUAUUGCUGCAUGCCAGCGACGGGGUCGCGACGAGCUCAGAGCGCUCGGAGCGGUGUUGCCGCGUCGAGCUCAAAAAUACAGGCACGGAGCCGCUGGCGUACUACAGCGCCGCGUUCCACCGUCCAACUGCAACAGCUUGCACGCACGCCGGUUCAACCGGCGCCCAAGCGCCACCAACGACAUGGCGACGUUACUUGAGACUCAGCUCGCGACGCCGAAAUAAAAGGGUCCACCGGCAAGUCUGCUGUCUAACCUACCGUAGGCCCUACGAACCCGGCGGGGCGAGUUAGCUACAUGGAUCGCGUCGCAGUCGUCGGCGCAGCGAUCUUGACUCAAGUUGAGUUGGACGCACGCCGUCUCUGUCUUCCGAGAGAUGUCUCCGCCGUGAGACGUGUGGUUGCCAAGUUGCCACUGUAGCCAUCGCCGUCGUGUUGUUGAAAGUUGAACCGAAUAAGAUCGGGGCGGGGUCGCCAAUUCAACAAGAUACCUGUACACUCGUUUACUAAGUAUAAUUUUCCAUGGCCUAACGCAAUGCAGG